AUGCAUUACUACCUCAACCCCCUAUCCCGCACACUCGCCUGCAGCCUCCCACUCGCGAUUAUCGCCAGCGGCACCUACACGCUACUCUACCCAUCCACCCUUGCCUCCACUUGGGGCGUGCCGGAACUCGCCGACCGCCCUCUCUUUCGAGUCAUUGGCGUGCACAAUGUCGGUUUUGGUUUAUGGGUGUGGAAGAUAUACAGGACAGGGACGGCACCGGAGAUUAUCAGCAUGUCUGUUUGUGUUGCGGUUGUUAAGGUGGCAGAUUGUGCAAACACGCUGGCUUUGCUGCUAAGUCAUCACGCGGCUGAGGUCGACCAGUCCCCUAUUGAGGUGCAUGGGAAUAUUGAGAAGUAUGAGACUGGAAGCCCGCGUCUAAGUCCUCGACUUGCGGCCUUGUCCUUAGAAUGUCGCUUCAUCGUCUCUUUCAUCCUCCUUCCUCACGAGGUUUAUGUAAAUUCGUCAGAUCCGACCCCAAGUCCUUUCGCUCUCCACCGCUUGAUUUCCUCCUUCAUGCGCAUCCCAGCUCUCGUUAUGCCGCAUCACUCAUUCAGCGAGUCCACAACCCCUUACUACUGGGGGAAGAAUGAGCAUUCAAUAGUUCCCCAUGCCCAACUCACCUUUUCCUUUCAACCCCGAGAUGCAAUUACUUUCAGUUUCUGCGAAGAGAAAUAUAUCGUCUCACCCUACAUUGCCGAGUUUAUGAACGCAAUUACAAGUCUCGCCUACACUGACCAACUCACCAUGCACAUCUUCUCCAGCGCUCUCCUCUAUUACUCCCUCUCCCCCUGCCUGCCAGCAUCGCGCGCCCUGCCAUACCGCCGCAUCCUAGCUUCGCUCAUACUCCUCGAAACCACCAGCAUCCUCAACUUCCUCAUAUCGAACAACACAGCACUCCACCAAUAUUCCUUCGUCAGCAUGUGCGGCCUCGUCACCGCGCUGCUCAUAUGCCGCGUCGAGCGCGUGUGGGGCCCCAAAGCUCAAGCAGCGCUUACGGCGGCUCUACACCGUGGGUGUAGUCUUGUUUCUCUUUGGCUACGCGCUGUGGCGCCUGGACUUCCAUACCUGAUGCCGGUGAGUUGGAUGUUUGAGAUGCACGGGUGGUGGUAUGUCUGCUCUGCGGUAGCAGGAUACAACUACAUCCAGACGAUUGAGGCGUUGGAUGAGUACGGGAAGAAGAUUGCUAGGAAUGAGAACGUGAGGGAGAGGAAAAAUUCAGAGACUAUGAUGGACGAGAGGAUGAAGGCGAUGUCCGUGGCGCUGCCUCGAAGGUAA